GGUUGGUGGUAGUGGACGAAAAGAAGAGAAUAAUUUGAAGGGUGAAGAAAGGAGAUAGAAAGAGAUAGAAGAAGAAGAAGAAAAAGAAGAAAAUGGGCUGCAACACGAGCAAGGAAAGCGUCCAGCCAGCUGCGGAGGAAGCGAAGGAGGAUGUCAAGAAUGGAGAUAUUCCAAAAGUAAACGACACUGAAAACAGUUCGAAAGAAACAAAAGCGGAGGAAACUUCGAAGGGAGAUAAGUCCGAAGAUAAAAAGGAGGAGGAUAGUGAAAAAGUAGAAGAGAAAGAAGAAGACGUUUCGGAUCAACAUAAGGUUGAAGCUGCAACAAGGAUACAAGCAGCAUUUCGCGGACAUCACGCGAGAAAGAGUAUGAAAGAGACUGAUACCUCGAAACAACAAACGGGGACCAACAAAUCAGAAUCCGAGCCGACCAAGGAAGAAUUGCAACAGGAAUUCCGUGCCGACGAUAAAGAACUCUGCGACGCAGCAACAAAGAUACAAGCAUCUUUCCGUGGCCACAUGUCGAGAAAGGAACAAGCCGCUUCAGCUCUCGUCAAGUCGGCGGGAGAAAUCGUUGAAAAUGCUGCUUCCAAAAUAGAAAAAAAGGUUGAAGAUGCUGUGAACGAAUUAGAGGGUAUAGAUCUAACGGAUCCGGAUUUGCACAAGGCAGCGACAAAAAUCCAAGCGAGCUUCCGAGGUCAUAAGGUUCGCCAAGAGGUUUCCGUUGCUCCAACCACCGAAGCCGAGGAUAAGAAAUAAGAUGGCGGCCGGGCGUGUCGGCCAUCUUGGGAAGAGGACCGAAAGUGAUUUUUUCGUAUAUUCCCAGGGAGCGACGAAGGCAGCUAGUUUCUUGAAAAAGAAAAAAAAGAGAAAAAAGAAGGGAGGACAAAUAAAAAACAAGGAGGAGGAGGAGGAGGAGGAGGAGGAGGAGGAAGAGGAGGAAGAGAAGGAAGAGAAGAAGGGAAAGGAGAAAGAAGAGAAAGAGAAAGAAGUAGAAAAUGAAGAAAACCAUGCUACAAGAUCUCCUCCUUUAGGCGAAUCGAGGACGACAAAUUGAGCGGAUCAUUACGCGAACGUCGGAUUAGUUUCACUUUCGUUCCUUCUUUUCUUUUUUUCUCCUCUUCUUCUUCUUCUUCUUCUUCUUCUUCUUUUCUUUUUUUUUUAAUCUUUCUUAUUCUCUUUUUUUUCCUCGCUCUUCCUCGCGAACGUUCGAAGAUAUUUUUUUUCUACCUGAAUUUUCUUUUGAUUUUAAAUUCUCGAACUUUACAAAAGAGAAAUUUCUGAUUGCUCGACAUCGUAACAUGUCUGAAACAGGCAAAGAAAGAAUUAUUCAAAGGGAAUAAAGAGAUCGAUGAAAAGUAAAUGUUAGAUCUUUCCUUUUCGUAUUUAUCAUCAAAAUAAGAUGAAAAAAAGGAAAGAAAAGAAAAUGAAAGAAAAUGAAAGGAAGAUAAAGGUAAAAAAAAACAAUAAGAAAGAAAAUAUAUAUGUGUGAGCUUUCGACGUCCAUAUUUUUUCCUUAUCCCUCUUCCUUCCCUCUGCCCCUCUCUUCUGUAUCUACUCCCUAACGAAUUCGAUGCUGUACUAUGUGAAAUCAGUAGAAAAGCAUGAAAUACGUCAUUCGAAAGGGUCAUUAAAAGCUCGAAUGUGAUUCGACACGAUCGAAUACCGAAUCUCCGUCUGUCUAUCUGCCUACCUCUCUUUCUCUCUUAUACAUAUAUACAUACAGUUUCAAGCAAACGUAAACGUCGUUGUCGUCUCUUUCCCACUCUCUACCUAACCCUCUUUAGUGGGCUUAGAGCAAAGCACCGGUAUAAUUAUCGGAAGCGAUUCUAUUUCGAGCAAGGCUAGCGUAUAUAUAUAUAUAUCUCUCUCUCUCUCUAGAUAUACAUAUUACAUAUAUAGAUGCAUACAUAGACACAUAUAUGCAUACAUACAUCCAUACAUACAUACACACAUACAUACGUAUGAAACCAGCCUAAAGGGAUAUGUGCUUACGCACCUAGAAAUUUAUCACAGCGAUCUGUGUACGAGAUGUAACCCGGUAAUUGAUUUACGCUUUGACGCGUGCAAUCGUAAUGCCCAUUAAUUCCUACUCUUCCUUAAUCCUCUUCCACUUCAAUCACUCAAUCCCUUUUAUAAGGAAACUGAGAAGGAGAUAUCCCAAAUAUUUUAUCUGACUUAUCGAAAAAUUGCCAAAAUAUGAUGAAUAUAAAUGAAGGAUAAGGAAAAUGUAAUUCAAAUGACGAUCGAAGCUCACCAAAAUUUAUUAUUAUUAUUACUAUUAUUAUUAUAUUAUUAUUAAUAUGUUGUUAGUACAUAAGUGUACAUCGACGGCAGUUAUAAAAUUUUAAAAAGCACAACAAUCGGUCCUCGUAUUCACCGAGCCAAACUCGAGCUUGAGAACAACAUAUUUAAAAAAAAAGAAGUAGAAAAAAAAUAAUAAAAAAAGGGAUAUAUAAAACUCCUUCGAAAAUAAAAAGUUUCUGGUCGGUCCAACACCACGUACGAAUUAAUUAAUCGCGAAACUCGUUAUAAACUACCGAGUUACGGUGUAUUGCGAAUUAUAGAAACGUUUGAUAAUCCAUUUGAAAGUUAAUAUAUAUAUAUAUAUAUAUAUAUAUACAUACGUACAUACAUACAUAUAUAUAUAUAUAUAUAUAUAUAUAUAUAUAUGUAAAGCGUAAUAAGCACCCUCAUCUGGCUACCUGGCCAUCCCUCUCUUUUCUCGACGAACUUAUAUACUCUCUUUAUCGUAUAUAUUAUGUACGUAUAUUAUUAUUAUUACCUUUAUUAUUAUGAUUAAUAUUAUUAUUAUUAUUAUUAUUAUAUUAAAAAGAUAAAACAAUUAAAAUAAUAAUAAUUAAGAAUAACGACGAAUUGAUAACAAAAGAAAAAAAAAAUAAUAAUAAUGACAAACUAUGGGACGCGUACGUGUGGAACACAUUUUAAUCGGUACAUAUUAAUUUCGAUAAUUCAUUGGAUACUAUUAUAGGAAGAAUUAUUCGUAAAUUCAUUACUUUGUAAUUUUUCUUCUGAUAACUUUAAUCGUUUACGAAUAACGUAUGUGUAUGACGGGAAACAUUGUAAAAAAAUUUUCUUCGUACACGCACGUACGAACAAUUGCCUAUUAUAAGGGGCUCUUUUUAUCGGAAUAAUUCACCCGUUUCUCCGCUAGUUGGCGCUCCAAGCAAUCGUUGACAUCGAUCACUCAAGAUCGUAAUACUUAACUGGAAACCACACGCGAUAGACGUUUGAAAAAUAAAUAUUAAAGCGAACGAGCUCGUUGCCAAUGAUCUAUUAUCACGAACAAAUUCACGAAUAAUUCUUCUCGACGUAUGUCCAAUGUUUUUUAUCGAGAAAGAAAAAAAAAGGAAGGAAGAAUUGAAGGAAAUAAAAGAAUAAUAUUUCACCUGCGAAUUUAUUUUUCAACGACGAAUAACGAAAAGCAUAUUUUUGCGUAUUUCAAUGCGUUAAUUUAGCAUAUCUCGUUCCGACAACCACGAACACACACGUAUAUAUACAUAUAUGUGUAUAUCUAUAUGUGUGUGUAUGUGUGUAUGUAUGUAUGUGUGUUUCAAGCGCUUAUAAAUCCUCCCUUUUGCUGGAUUCGACUUUAAUCGUAAAGAAAAAAGGAAAAACGCAAUUUACGUUAACGAGCGAACGUAGGUCGUACUGCCAAGCAAGCGAUAAGAGUCAGUGUCAUAAAAUUUAAUUCAUUCUAGUCCUAUAGCUUUCCCUAUUAUUUGUAGAUAAACGAGCAUGUAAAUGAUCGAGCAAUGAACCAAUGUUUUUAGCAGGCCUAAAAACGUAUAACGCUAAUUAAAAAGAAACAAAAAUAAGAAAAAAGAAAAAAAAAAGCAAGCAGCUUCUUCGUUUCCCGAGCAUUGAGAUUAUUUUUUUAAUAAUAAUAAUAGUAAUUAACGAAAGAAGAAGAAGAAGAAGAAAAAGAAAAAGAAAAAACGAGAGAUCAUGGAGCCUUUCAGUGAUUGGGCCCAUUCAGCGCGUUAAAUCGUUCUCGAUUUUUCUUUAAAACCGUAUUUAUCGUGAUUAAAGAUUAUACAGAGAUGCACGAAGCGACACGAUUACUUUUGAACAAUUGUAUACGUACAUAUGUAUUUAACGAUAUCAUGCUCGAAAAAUAAUACAUAAUGCGUCGUUAGUAUUUCUGUAUGUACGCAUGUACAGAGAAUUUCUUAAAUAUUCUCUCAUCUCACGAUGAUGCUUCAUCAAAAAAAGAAAAAAAAAAAAAAGAUAAAGAACAGGAUAUUGAAAAUUUCGUGGAUUGAAAAAACUUUUUUGAGGUUAGAAAACGAAUAGGAGAACGUACUCCGUAAAGAUAUUUAUCGAUAUAUCAUCUUUCGAAUAACGUUCUAAGCUUAACAAGAACGAAAAACGUGCUGAACUUUAACUUUCAAAAACGUACUCGAUGUUUAGAAGUUAAAAUCCAAUUAACAUGCAUAUUAUAACUCUUUCUGUCUCUCUCUCUCUCUCUCUCUUUUUUAUUCUCUCUUCUAUCAUGAUUACGCUUUGAAAUUUUUCAUUUGAUUUUUCUUAUUACGACAUGACGAUAUUUCGUCGUUGUAAACGAACGAUUCAAUAGGUAAUCAAAAAAUAUCUCCGUAGUAAUGUGUGUACGUGUACGAAUCCCAAAAGUGCGAUCAUGCGAAAAAUGGGGAUUCCAAGUAUAUAACAAUAACGCGACUCGUGACGCUUGAUAAGAGAAAAUACACCGAAGGUAUAAUAAACUUAAACAUUUUCACACGAACAACUUCAAUAAUCGCUUAUCUCCGACACGAAUUACGAACUUGUGAAAUGGGAUUGAUCGAUUCGUUUUAUUUGAAAGAAAGAAAGAAAGAAAGAAAGAAAGGAAGAAAGAAAGAAAAAGAAAA